CCAAGGUUCUGCCUCUACCUGGACCCAGCAGUGUCUUUCGAGCCUCAGGUCCUCAGUGAGAUCAUCCAUCCGGUCCCUCCAGACUGUGGCCAGGAAUACUAACCACACACACAGCUGUCACCCCAGGAGCUGUAAGGGACCAUGGCAUUGUCCUCUGCAUCGUGAGUGUCUGACACACAGAGAAGCUCAGAAGAUGAUUUUGCAUAAAUGAAUGAACAACACAAACAGCAGUUUAACAAGACCAAGAACACCUUGCAUUUGCAUUGUCCAUUUGGGCUGUGAUGCAUUUUUAUAUCUGAUAAAUUUUCUGAUAUUAAAAAACAGCUCAGUGUAAAUGGCCACCUCCUCCUAUACAUGGGGAGAAGGUGUCCAUGGAGCCAAAGCACACAAACACCUCUGAGGCUUGAAGUGUGGUCAGAAGGCAGCUUGAAAUCAGGAUUGACUUUGAGUCUUCUUUCUGGGUUGCUGUUGAAAUCAAGACACAUCUCUUCAAGCCUUGUAAUGAGACAAGGUUGCUCAGAGUCUGCCAGAAACCUGGAGGGUCUCAGGACGAAAGCACUCUGAGCAGAUGGGAGUGCUGAGCACAGAUUGGCACGAGCAGGCUGCCCAGGGGGAGCACCUGUGCUUGUCACGCUCGUAGAUGCUGGAGAGAGGAAUCAGCUCACCGGGCUGCUGGUGCCUCCACCAUGAAGCAGUCGCUGGGGUCCACCUGGACUGGGAUCUGCGUGGGCCUUGCCUCUCUUAGCCUCGGCGUGCCCAGUGGGUACGGACUGGUACAGCAGCUAGGCAGCCACCACCAGCCUCCUCUCCUGCUAGGAGCUGGGGAUGGGACAGGCCCCAGCAUCUCUCCACUGCAAAGUGAAGUGGCACUUCUCAGUCUUGCGGCUCUGUGUGAAAAAUUCCAACAGGCAACUCCAGAGCCCAUCCCAGCCCCUAAAUGGAAAGGCAUAGGUCACUUGGAUGAGGAUGAAAAAGGUGCAAAAUCCACGAUGCCUGAAAGGACUCAGGGAAGGGAGCCAGAGGAGGGGCCAAGGUGAAUGUCCACGUGAGCCCACGAGAAGAAAUCAGAGUCAACCUUACACUGGCGGUGUUCAAACUGACACACAAGUGGGCUGAAAGUCAGGGACUCAUGAAGUGGUGGCUAAGCCCAGUUCAGCUGCUACCCGUCUGCUGAGGGCCAGAGACCAGGAAAGGAAGAAGGGCAGCUUUACUUCCUCUCUGAGGAUGGAGCCACACAGCCGUUCUGCAAAGAGCCGAAAAUCCACCAAGUUCCGGUCCAUCUCCCGUUCCCUGAUCCUCUGUAACGCCAGGACAGGGGACGAUGGCUCUAGCCCUGAUGAGAAGUACCCAGAGCCCUUUGAGAUUCCACUGGGCCAGGCCGAGGAGGGGAGUUUCCACUCUGCUGUGCAGCUGGCAGAUACAUCAGAGGCCAUGCUGGCCUCGGAAGCUGCUCAGCUCCAAGCAGCCGGGAGUGACCGAGGCAAGAGCUGUAGGAGAAUGUUCUUCAUGAAGGAAUCAUCCACAGCGUCCUCUAGAGAAAAGCCUGGAAAACCAGAAGCACUGAGUAGUAACUUCCUGUUUCCUAAAGGCUGCCACCAGAGGGGCCGCAGUAACUCCACCAGUGUUAACCCCUAUUGCACAGGAGAGAGAGACUUUCCCAUGAGCAGGAAAUCGGCAGCUUCCACGGACAGGCAGCUGAGCUCCCUCUGCAGUGACAAGAAGUCCCUUUCCCAGCAGUUGGACUGGCCUGCAGGAAAGGCUGCGGGCACAUCGAGGCCGACUCGGUCGCUGAGCACAGCUCAGCUAGGGCAGUCAUUGGCGGGGCUGCAGGCUUCGGUCAUCUCAAACAUCGUGCUGAUGAAGGGCCAGGCCAAGGGCCUGGGCUUCAGCAUUGUUGGAGGACAGGACAGCAUUUAUGGCCCCAUUGGGAUUUAUGUCAAAACCAUCUUUGCAGGCGGAGCAGCGGCAGCUGAUGGAAGGCUGCAAGAAGGUGAUGAAAUUCUGGAACUCAACAGUGAAUCAAUGUCCGGGCUGACACAUCAGGGUGCUUUGCAGAAGUUCAAGCAAGCCAAAAAGGGGCUGCUCACGCUCACCGUGCGCACCCGUCUGACGGCGCCCCCCUCCCUGUGUGGCCACCUGUCACCCCCACUGUGCCGCUCCCUGAGCUCCAGCACCUGUGUCGCCAGAGAGAGCAGCAGCCCCUUCACUGUGUACAGCCCCACACCUCCUGCCACCGCCACCAAGCCCAACUACAGAAUCAUGGUGGAGGUAUCCCUGAAGAAAGAGGCCGGUGUGGGCCUGGGGAUCGGCCUGUGCAGUGUCCCCUACUUCCAGUGCAUCUCAGGGAUCUUCGUGCACACGCUCUCACCAGGGUCUGUGGCGCAUCUGGAUGGACGGCUGCGGUGCGGAGAUGAGAUUGUGGAAAUCAAUGACUCCCCUGUGCACUGCAUGACACUCAAUGAAGUCUAUGGGAUCCUGAGUCACUGUAAUCCUGGUCCUGUCCCCAUCAUUGUCAGCCGACAUCCAGACCCCCAGGUCUCCGAACAGCAACUCAAGGAAGCUGUGACUCAGGCUAUGGAGAACAUCAAGUUCGGAAAGGAGAGGCACCAGUGGAGUUUGGAAGGUAUCAAGAGGCUGGAAAGCAGCUGGCAUGGGCGGCCCACCAUGGAGAAGGAGCGGGAGAAGACCUCAGCCCCCACAUUCCACAGGGCUCAGAGGGCCAUGGUCCGAUCCAGUAGCGACAGCAGCUACAUGUCAGGGUCACCGGGGGGCAGCCCCUGCAGUGGCAGCACUGAGCAGCAGCCCUCCUGCUCUGAAGGCAGCACACACAGCCCAGGCCCAGCCUCAGGGCUGCCCCAGGAAAACCCAGCCCUGCCCAGUGGCCUGGAUGGCCACUCGCCUCUGAGGCUGAAGAAGUCCUUUGAGAUACUGGUGAGAAAGCCCACAUCCUCCAAGCCCAAGCCUCCACCCAGAAAAUACUUCAAAAGUGACAGUGAGCCCCAGAAGAAUCUGGAAGACAAGGACAACUCUUCAGGUCCUUCUGGGCAGGGCCCACCCACCUGUGGCCAGGAAGGCAGCGAGCUACUGCCACCGCCACUGCCACCGGAAGACACCACGGGGAGAGCCCCCCGCACUGUCGCUGGCUGCUCAGGACCUGGAGUCAGUCCACAGGCCCUGUCUUCCUCAGAGGGCCAGCCAGGGAGGAGAGUCAGCCCAGUGACACCAGGAUCCCCCAUAAAACCCCGGCUGCUGAAGAGGCAGGCUCGGAUGAACUGUAGCUUUGACACCACUGCUGAAGACCCCUGGGUUAGAAUUUCUGAUUGCAUCAAAAACUUAUUCAGCCCCAUCAUGAGUGACAGCCAGGGCCACAUGCCACUGCAGCCCAGCGUCAGCCUGGGUGAAGAUGGCACACAGAGUCACCCGGAUGGGAGUCCGCCCAGGCUGGAUACUGCCAAUGGUGCACCCAGAGUUUACAAGUCAGCCGACAACAGCUCUGUGAAAAAGGGGCCCCCUGUGGCCCCCAAGCCGGCUUGGUUUCGUCAGAGCUUGAAAGGUCUGAGGACUCGAGCUGCAGACCUGAGAUGGCUUCCUGACUCAGGCUCAUCCACCCAGCCAACCCCUGCUCCCAGAGAGUCCCCUGGGCCACUCCCCCGGGCCACCUCCUCCAUCAAGCAGAGAAUCAGCUCCUUUGAAACCUUUGGCUCCUCUCAGCUACCCAAUAGAGGAGUCCAGAGACUGAGCCUCCAAUCCUCCUCUGGGGAGGCCCCCAAGCCUCCCGGGAAGCAAGAGGGAGGCCGGGCUUCUGGCCUUUUGGUUCGAGGGGCUCAGAUUUCUGCUGAGCACAGGCAGCCAGGGCAGGAGCUGGUGUCCCCAAGUUUCCCUGCGGCCUCAGAGGCCGAUGCCAUGGGUGUGGUUACAUCCCCUCCCACAAGGCAGCAACCUGCUCUGAAAACUGUCUCCACUGCCCCUGACCCUCUCACGGGGGUGCUGGGCACACAGAGGGAGGACACUGCGGGCCGCAUCCUCAAGAUGCCCAGCCAGCGAGCACGGAGCUUCCCCCUGACCCGGACCCAGUCCUGCGAGGCGAGGCUGCUGGACGAGAAGACCAGCAAGCUCUACUCCAUCAGCAGCCACGUGUCCUCAGCUGUCAUGAAGUCCCUGCUGUGCCUCCCCUCUUGCAUCUCCGGCAGCCAGCCAGCCUGCAACCCCAAGGAAGGGGCCACUCCAAAGCCACUGCCCAGUGAAGACUCUGCCGCAGGUAGCUCUGAGUCUAUGCCCUUGGACACCGGGUUCUCGCUCAAUCUUUCAGAGCUGAGAGAAUACACAGAAGGUCUUGCUGAGCCCAAGGAAGCCGAGGAUGGGGACCACGGCUCUUCUCAGUCUGGCCAGUCAGUCAUCUCCCUGCUGAGCUCAGAAGAGCUGGAAAAACUCAUCGAGGAAGUGAGAGUUCUGGAUGAAGCAACCUUGAAGCAGCUGGACAGUAUCCAUGUCACCAUCUUGCACAAGGAGGAAGGUGCAGGCCUUGGGUUCAGCUUGGCAGGAGGGGCGGACCUAGAAAACAAGCUGAUUACGGUUCACAGAGUGUUUCCAAAUGGGCUGGCCUCUCAGGAAGGGACGAUUCAGAGGGGCAAUGAGGUCCUUUCCAUCAACGGCAAGUCCCUCAAAGGGGCCACGCACAGUGAUGCCCUGGCCAUCCUCCGCCAAGCUCGGGACCCAAGACAAGCUGUGAUUGUCACACGGCGGACGCUGGAGGCCACACCUGACCUGAACUUCUCCACCGACCCUGCAGCAUCGGCUUCAGCAGCCAGUGACGUUUCUGUGGACUCGACUGCAGUGGCCACGGUCUGCCCAGUGACACUGGAGAAGACAUCUGCAGGGCUGGGCUUCAGCCUGGAAGGAGGGAAGGGCUCCUUGCACGGAGACAAGCCUCUCACAGUCAACAGAAUUUUCAAAGGGGCAGCCUCAGAACAGAGCGAGACAGUCCAGCCUGGAGAUGAAAUCCUGCAACUGGCUGGCACUUCUGUGCAGGGCCUCACGAGAUUUGAAGCUUGGAAUGUCAUCAAGGCUCUUCCCGAUGGGCCUGUCACGAUUGUCCUCAAAAGGAGGAGUCUUCAGGCCAAGGAGACCUCAGCUGCCGAGGCCUAGGUAGGGAGGGCGCCAACACAGAAGCCAAGCUAAGCCAAGGGCAUGUAGCCUCUGUAACACUGGUCCUCAGGGUCUCUGCUGCCCACCCCACUUGGCCUGGGGGAAGCCCAGGGUGUGUCCUGCUGCUGCUGUUCUAGUCUAGACCUUCUGGGACACCACCCAUAAGAAGGUUGUCCCAAAGUGAGGACAGGGUUACACUGGGGUGGCUGAUAUAAACUGUAGACUGUAUAUAGAGCUUAGUGAUGAU